UCGGCAGUGUGCUCUCCUCGCCGUCAAAGUGAAAGUGAGAGGAUUUGAUAAGAUUCCUGCAAUGUGAAAACAGAUUUUCGAUCCAGCUGGAUAUUGGCCGUGUGUGUUUGUGUGUGUGUGUGUAAAAAUAUGCUAUACAUUGGGAAGUGAGAGUACGUUAUUACAGGAAGCUUUUUUUUUCCACCCUUCUUUUCGAGACGACUCCCUGUACAGUGCGCCUUGGGUGCCAGUAUGGCCACGAGGCGGGUUUUCGAAAGUGGCGUAUACGCUAACGAUGUUGUCCCGGAUGAGUGCUCCGCCCACGCCAACAGCUGCCGCUGCUGCUGCGAAACCUCGCGAGGAUUUUGAAACUCUGCCGUACCAGCCCGUGCUGCCUUCUGUAGGAUAUUUCGGAAGACUGCAGCUGCCCUGAUUGCUUCACGUCGCUUCGGCGAGAGGAGGAGUCGCGCGCCGGCGGCGAUGCUGGACAGCAGCGGCCUGCUGACGCUGCACUACGGGCGGCACGGCGCGGGCGUGCUGGACGAGGUGCGCUCGUGGUGGGACGCGGGCCACGGCGCCGACCUGUCGCUGGUGUGCGACGGCGGGCACGCGCUGCCCGCGCACCGCCUCGUGCUGGCCGCCGCCUCGCCGCUGCUGCGCCGCGCGCUGCGCGACGCGCCGCCGCACUGCCCGGCCGCCGUCUCGCUGCCCGGCGUGCACGCGCGCACCGCCGCCCACCUGCUCACCUUCCUCUACACCGGGGAGGCCUGCGUGCAGGCGGGUGACAUUGCCAGCCUUCAGGAACUAAUUACCUUACUCGAAAUAAAAUCGGACUUCGUCCACGAAGAAAAAAAGGCGGAAGAAGAUGGCGCCAGAAUCGAGGAAGCUGGCUGCUCCUCCGCUACUCGAAGGCGGACGUUGGGCUCGAGUCCGGUCCCUGCGGCCGCACCUGCGGUCGCUGACUCCCCCCAGGGAAGUCCCGACAGCGAUGCGGGGGUGGCGACGGCGGCCGUCGCGGCGGAGGCGGCAGCGGCGCCGCCGCCGCCUCCACUCGACCCUGCUACCGAGAGCGGGCCGCAGCUCCCCGGCGCUGCGCAGGUAGCCAUAAAGCAGGAGCUGCACUCGGACACGGACGCGGAGGAGGAUGCCAAUGCGGAAGACGCCGAUGCCGAGGGAGAUGGCGAGGACUCGGCGGCGCAGGCGGGCAGCGGCGGGCGCACCGACAGCGAGGACGAGAGUCGCGAGGGCUACGGCGUAGGCGGGGGCGGCGCGACGCCGACACCCCCAGCGGGCGGCAUCCCGCAGCGGCGCCGCAGCUCGCUCAACCCCGUCAACCUGUCUCUGGCCGACGCCGAGCGCGCACAUUCGCGCAGCCCACUGCGCAACUCCAGGUCCUCCGAGUCGGCACCAGACGCGGACAGGGACACCGGCGAGGGCGAAGGCGAGGGCGACAGCCGUGGGGCUGACGAAGCGGACAGCAGGGAUGGCGUGCCAGAGAUGCCGUGCAAGAGACGCCCGAGCAGCGCCCCAGCCCAGCCACAGGAGAACUCCCGAGACAGAUUGAAUGAAAGUGAGAUACGUCAGCAGACAGUCCAACACACAAUCCUGCACCACCACCACCAACAUCACCACCACCAACAGCCGCAACACCAUCAGGACUACAAGAGGCAGCUGCUGGUGGCGGCGCAGCGUGUCAAACGGAAACAGAUGUUUGGAGACGUGUAUAGUGACCCGGAUGUGGAUGUCAGGGUGGCAGCCGAUGAUGAUGCACCACUCAUCCGCACAUCGCCUGAGAACUAUGUGGUGACCCCUCACCGCAAGCGCCGGCCAGGUUUUCACAACUCGCCAGCACAGAACCCGCCCUUCGUGCCGUUGUGCCCAUCCUACCUGGAUGACGUGCCACAUCACAGGCACCUGCACAGCAGCCCCAGCCCACGCCUGCUGCCGGCACCCCCACCCCCACCGCCACCAUAUUUACCUGCUCCACCCCCGACGGCUGUCGCUGCUCCCGAUCGCUCAUCUCCAGGGCCUGAUGACAAGUAUCACCACCACCAGCAGCAACAUCACCACCACCACCACCAGCAGCGGCACCAUCACCACCAUCACCACACCCACCAGCAGGCAGCACCACCACCACAGCCGCCUCCACCCCCUGGUGGAGGGCAGCAGCCACUGGAUCUGGUGCCACGUGGGGAGGUCCCGCACUGGAGCUCGUGGUCUCUGGUAGCCGCAGGUGCGGGCACCGCGGCAACAGCAGCAGUAGACGAUGGGAGUGGCACACCUGGAGGUGGCACCGCAGGUUUUGUGUCUGCACUGGCGGCAGCAGCAGCUCGCUCUGCUGGAGGUGGCUGUGGUACUGGUGCUGGCACUGGGGCUACAGCAGACAGUGAGUCAGGCACCACGGCAUCUGCCGCAGCAGCCGAUGUCAAGCCUGUGGUUGCAUCCAACAACAAAGUGGUCGCUGUGCGUGAGUACCGCUGCCAGUACUGUGGCAAGCAGUUUGGUAUGAGCUGGAACCUAAAGACACAUUUGCGAGUGCACACUGGAGAGAAGCCGUUCGCUUGUCGUCUGUGUGUUGCUAUGUUCAAGCAGAAGGCUCACCUCCUCAAGCAUUUGUGUUCUGUGCAUAGGAAUGUCAUCAACGAAGGUGGUGAAGGCCGCUUCAGCUGCUGUUUCUGCCAGAUGUCAUUUGAAACACUACAAGAGCUCAUACGACACUUGUCAGGACCCCACAAUAAUUUGCUGUUGAGCAAAAACCUCCAUGGAUAGGAUGUGUCGCAUCCUGUGCUCCACUAGUCACCAUUUGUGGUGGGCUACUGCUUCUUAUGUUCAGAGUGAUAUGAUACAGGGUAAAUUAAUAAGCAGUGCGGAGCAAAUUCCAACUGUUUUCAUACUGUGAAUACCUGUAAAUGUACCACAUUGCUCUGAAAAUUACUGCUUUCACAGUUGAAGCUGCAGUUUUGUAAACACGUUUUUGUCACUUAGAUUACUUUCUGGUGAGUUUAUAAGAGGGAACCUGAGAAUUAAGGGAAAACAAACUGAAAAAAAUAGUAAACAGGGACAAUGGUUCUUAUAAUCAUUUAUUUAAAAAUAUUGAUGCCUGUCUUGAAGGCAACUGCUAAUUGUGUGUGAUUUAUUUUUCUUCUUAAAAAUGAUAAAUUAGCACCAGCUUGCUAACCAAAAUUAUGCAGUAGAAAUUUAAAGAACAGAUUAAGGAGUAAGGGUACGAGCCUCCAAUUUCCCAAAAUCAAAUUCAUGUAGGAGAGUGGCAGGAGGACUUUGGAGCCCCUUAAUUUCUAAAAUUGCUUGUCUCUUGAAAUACUCACUGUAUCAGAUUUACAAAUAUUGAUUUGUAAUAUUUAUUUGUGUUUUUCUUCUAUGGGACCAAAACCAUUUUAGCUUUGGGCUGGAAAAAUUGAAG